UUAAUUAUUUGUUUAAUUAAUAUGUCAGUAAAUGAAUUUAUAUUAUAAUUUAAUACUUAUUUAAAAGUCAAUACUGUGUCCCAUCGCCAACACAGGGCAAUGGACAGUAGAUUAACAUGCAGAAAAUGGACACUGUUUACCAUGUGCUUGAUUAAUAUGGUGUCCACAAUAGUUAUAUUAAUUCUGUCAGUAAAGGAAUUCAAUUCACCGCAAGACCACUAUAUCUGGAAAAUCGCGGGACUCAAUAAGCACACCGUCAAAAUUAUAAUGAUUAGCGCCUUCACGGUUGCAAUUGUCACACAAUUGGUGGGCAUAUGGGGCGCCUACAAGACAAACUACUGCGUGUGCAUAAUAUACGGACUAAUCAUGAUCAUCGCUUUCAUUGUCAGCGUUCUGCCGGCUCUAUAUACUGGCUAUAAUGCCAUCUGGUUUCUCACCGGAUGGUUCUUCCUGUGCAGUUGUUUUGCCACAUCAUUUGCGAGUGCGAUCCGCCGGUGCCGCGCAACACGACCGGCCCUUAUGGGCGCACAGUCACGGGCAUUGCGGUGAUAACAAAACCGUGUUGGC